AUGGUUUGGUAUCAUAAAUUUGCUUUUGCACGGAAUCGCAGUAAAUCUUACGUUGGCAGAGAAAAUAUUCACGAGGAUACGUAUGAAACAGAUGGAGUAAAUGAUCAUGGCAAUACAGCCGAGGAAGAUAUGGAAAAUGAUCAGGAAGAUUCUUUAGAUAUCAUCAAAGAUCAACAACAAGACAAAGUUGAGGAACGACGUCAAUGCAGGUUAAGGACCUCACCAAAUGGACGAUUUCAAAGAAGAAAAUCGCUCUGCAUUCGGCCUAUUCCGAUUAUUUCUAUAGAUAGACCAAAGUCAUCUUUUACUGAAAAUUCAUCCGCAGAGACGAUAUCGAAAGAAGGAAUGGAAUCGCAGCUUUUACAUUCCCGGUCGACGUCAGAAUCAUCAGUACACUCUCCGCGUAUACCACAGUCAGUGACUGCAGCACUUUUGUCGAACCCAUCCUUUAAAACAUCAGAUAAUUCGGCACCUUCGUUCAUAGAGUCAUCAUUACUAGAGCCUCCUACAUCAUAUAAAAGAUCGAAACCUUCUCCGCUUAUGAACGUUUCGACAUCGCCAGUGUCUUCAAAGUUUCUAACACCAUCAAACUCACCACUAUUCUCUCCUCUAAAAGCAUCGUCGGCGUCGGAGUCACAAUAUAUGGACUUUCCAGGUUUAGCAUCGCCUACACUGUCGAAUCACUUGCCAGAACUGAAAACAUCAAACGCUUAUGAACAAUUCUGGGAUUGUUCACCUAAUUCAUCAUCGCCUUUGACCUUUUUGCAGUCCUCACAUAUAGAAGCACCAGCAUCCAUCGAAGAGUGGAGGCAUUCUCCGUUUCUAGAAAUUUUAAAAUCACCUUCACAUUCAAGCCAUUUCCAACCUCUUGAAGGUUCACCAUUAGUGGGACGAUUCAGGCAGUCACCGUUUUUUGAAUCAUCAGUAUCAUCGACUAAAUCAAUGCUUUCUCCAAUUUCAGUGUUAUCAGCAUCGCGCUCGCCAAUAUUGCAUUCUCCAUGCUCCACAAAAUCAUCGUCGCCAAUGAAUGUGUUAUCACAUACAAACUUGAGAUCAAGGGCAGAUGCUAACUACUUUUCCCCAGAUUGUGUUGAUGAAGUAAAGUUUACAAUCCAAAAUAUGGCACGUGAAGUUGACAAGCUACCUAUGUCUGACUCAAAUGGCGUGUUACAAUGCAGGUGGACUAAUUGCGGCAGCACGUUUACUUGUUUGAACGAAUUUUUUGGUCAUGCCAAUAGUCAUGUUCAACAUCUCGAGAAACAAAAAGCUGAAUAUCAUUGCAAAUGGGCUGACUGUACAAGAAAAGGCAAAGGAUUUAAUGCGAGGUAUAAACUGUUGAUUCAUAUCAGGACUCAUACGAACGAAAAACCGCACAAGUGCUCUCGAUGUGGAAAACAAUUCUCAAGGCCUGAAAACCUAAAGAUUCACAUACGAUCACACACAGGAGAAAAGCCAUGCGUCUGUCCGUAUGAAGGUUGCAACAAAUCGUAUUCUAACUCAAGCGACAGAUUCAAACACGUUCGAACUCAUAAAGAGGCUCGGCCAUAUGCUUGUAAAACACCGGGCUGUCAUAAGAGCUAUACAGACCCAAGUUCGUUGAGGAAGCAUAUGAAGUCACAGUCUCAUUAUUACAAAAAACAAAGUAGAGAUAAUACACCACCUGCUUCUACAAGUUUCCAAAACACAGACACUGCAAACAUGGACACAUCGGAUGACAAUUAA